AUGACUCUACUCGGUCUUUUUGCGUUGGGUCUGCUGACCUCGAUAACAGUGGCAGAAAAUGAAAUGGGCCACAUUAUACAGUACAACGUCGUCAACUUGCUAAACCGAAGCGAAACAAUGGGCGUUACAGUCGACAAUACCACGUUUCCAUUGAAAUUGCGCAACAAUAAUGCAAGAAUUCUGUAUUCUGGCAUGGCACCAGCAGCUAAAUCCGGUUACAAUUACGUUAAAAUCUACCCAAACAACACUGUCGUUGAAGAGUCGUUCAAAAGAGCUCCUGUCAUGCAAAACACAGUAAACGAAUUCUUCAACCGCACAUGGAACAACUAUUCUGUCGCUCAGUUGCCUCAGCUUUUCCCACCUCUUCCUGCCAUCAAGCGAGUAUCGUCUCAACUACACAAGGAUGGCCAAAUACCAUCCAUUCACAUCUCUGGAAACCAAAAGUUGUUUGAUGAAAUGCACGGCAAUAGCACAGCCGACUUGUCUGUCGAGUCCAGCAUUUCAUACGUCAGCCUCAACAACACCUUGUUUUACGAGGACGUAAAAGUAUCUCUUGCUGGCCGUAGCUCCCGCUGGUUACCGAAGCUCUCCUACAAUCUUAAACUGCACAAGCACGAUCGCUUAUACGGGUAUAAAAGAGUCAAACUUCGCGCUUUAGAUACGGAUCCAUCUUAUAUUCGUGAGCAGCUAGCUUACGAUAUUGUAAAAUCUGUUGGUCUUGCGUCUGCCGAGUUUUCGUAUGUGCGUGUCUUUAUGAAUGACCAGCCAUUAGGUCUCUUUGGUAUUAUUGAAAAAUUUCAAGAUCCCUGGUUAGCAAAUACAUUUGCCAAUGGAAGCACUAGUUUUAAAAAUGGGUAUCUCUACCAAGGUGUAUUUAUGACGCCUCAAUCCGCUGCUCAAGGACAUAUAUCUGAUCUUAGCUACAUCAAUAAUCUUACUGCAUAUGGAGACGGACAGUACAAAAUCAAAGAGGAAGCCUCAAAGGGCGAUAAAGUCGAUUGGGAGCCAUUGCAAGAGUUUACUAAAUUCAUCACUACUGCACCUACAAAUCAAAGCGAUGCUGUAGCUACUUGGAAGAAGCACUUGGAUACAGAUUCAUUCUUGAGAUCAAUGGCUCUCGAGGUGCUACUUGGCUAUAGUGAUGGGUAUUUUGCCAUGGCAGAUAACUAUUAUGUUUAUCAAAACCUGGAGGCAGGCAAUUACUUUUACAUUCCAUCCGAUAUGGAUCUCACUUUUGGUUCCACCAUGUUCAGGUUGACUGACAUGUGGAGUGGUAACUACAGCACUUUUCCCGGUUUAAAGACCAGACCUUUGAUGAAAAAAAUGCUCCAGGUCCCUGAAUUCAACAAGCAAUACAAUGAACUACUUGCUAACUUUACAAGCAUGUUGAUCAACCCAAACAAGACCAACGACCGUAUCAACAAUCUGGUAGACAUGCUCAAAGAAGACGUUGCUUGGGACAAGGCGAUCCCUCGUGUUGGCGACAAUUUGUUUGGACAAAUUGAUCCAACAGCGGCUGGCGGUAGUGAUAGCAACCAAACAUCGAAUAUCCUUGGCGCAAUCAUUGGAGGUGCCAUCCCCAUGGAUAUAGAUCCUGCUACUGCUGCUAACCUUGCGCAACGAAUCAAUGCGUCCAUCCCCUUCAUCACAGCUGUAGAUGGGCCUACCGGAUACAUUUCUCUUGCUGGUGUUAAGGAAUGGAUCAGUAGUAUUUCACAAAAUAUCACGAAUUUUUACAAUUCUUGA